AUGGCAUUGACAGACCUUGUGAGCGGUCUGUGCUCAAAUCCAAAGCACACGAAAUGGAUUGCCCCCAUUCUCAACAUCGCCGAUGGGCUUCUGUGCGCCUUCAUUAUAUGGAAAGUCCCCUAUACCGAAAUUGAUUGGACAACGUACAUGCAACAGGUCAAACUGUAUCUUUCCGGAGAACGCGACUACACUCUAAUCAAGGGUUCUACCGGCCCGCUUGUCUACCCAGCCGCGCACGUCUACAGCUACUCGCUCUUCCACCAUCUAACCGACGAAGGAAGGGACAUUGUCUUUGGCCAAAUCAUAUUCGCAUUCCUAUACCUGAUAUGUCUUACGGUUGUCAUGGCGUGCUAUAGGCGAGUCGGAGCUCCGCCAUACUUGUUUCCUCUAUUGGUUUUAUCCAAACGUUUGCAUAGCGUUUACAUGCUACGGCUUUUUAACGAUGGGCUUGCGGCGCUGGCUAUGUGGGGCUCUAUUUGGCUCUUCAUAAACCGGAAAUGGACUCCCGCGGUUGUGCUUUGGUCGCUUGGGCUAGGUGUUAAGAUGACCUUGAUUCUGCUGGUUCCCGCGGUUAUGGUGGUGCUCGCGUUGAGCUUGGAUAUUGGACGAUGUAUUAGGCUGGCUGGGUUGGCUUUGGGCAUUCAGAUUCUCCUUGCGAUACCGUUCCUGAAGACGAACCCCAGUGGCUAUUUUGAGCGCGCGUUCGAAUUUGGAAGGCAAUUUAUGUUUAAGUGGACGGUGAAUUGGAGGUUUGUGGGGGAGGAUAUCUUUCUCUCCAAAGGCUUUUGGGCGGGCCUGAUAGUUCUGCAUUUGCUCAUUUUGGUUGUGUUGGGUUUCACCUGCUUUCUGAACCCAUCUGGUACUAGCUUGCCAGAUUUCGCGGGCAGAUUCUUGACUGGACAACACCGCGGGAUAGCACUUCAUCCGUCUUUUAUUAUGUCCGCACUAUUGACAUCCCUGUCCGUUGGCUUGCUGUGCGCAAGGUCGUUACAUUACCAAUUCUUCGCCUAUCUUUCUUGGGCGACUCCUUUCCUCCUCUGGCAGGCUGGAUACCACCCAAUUCUUGUGUAUGCACUGUGGCUGGUGCAGGAGUGGGCCUGGAAUGUUUAUCCAAGCACCAACCUAAGCUCGGCCGCCGUUGUUCUCUUGCUUGGCGCCCAGGUGUUAGGCGUCCUUGUAAACAGAGACCGCGCAUUCCCCAGCUCCCCUCCAACACCAAAAGCAAAGCAACACGUUCAGUGA